AUGGGUGCGUCUAUCUCGUUUGAUAUCCCCUCGAAGAGGGAGCUCAAGAAGAUGAGCAAGUCGCCGUUUGCUCGGGCUGACUUUAUUCGCAUGAAGGACCGCCUGCGGCGGGUGGCACGCAAGGAGCACGGCAUCUCGCGUGAGUCGUGGGAUGCUGUGGUGGAGGCCAUCGGCAUCGAUGGCUCGAACAAGGUCUCGGCAAACUUGUUUGCCCAGUUUGACUCGGACAACGAGGACUGGUUCGACUACAAGCUCUUUGCCAUCUACUCGGCUCUGGUUUCGCGGCCCGAGCGCCGCAAGAAGAUCGAGUUCUGCUUCCGCGUCUACGACCGCAACUCGUCUGGUACCCUCGAGCUGGAGGAGCUUACCACUCUCAUGCUCGCUGUCGGCCGCGUCAUCAAGCAGACCAACUACGCCCUGCCGGGCACCGCCGGCAAGGGCACUCCGGCCUGCGACCUGACUGUCAAGGAGGAGAAGCGCAUCACCAAGGCCGCCGCCCGCAUCUUUGACAAGAUCGACACCUCGGGCAACGGCGAAAUCUCCUACAAGGAGUUUACCGCCUCGGCCGACCGCAAGGAGAUCCGCGGCGUCCUCGACUACUUUGAGGCCCUCGCAGAGGCCCUCCCGGCCGAGAUCGAGCGCUCCAUCUCGCUCUCGUCCGAGCUCGACUGCUACGACGAUGACGAUGACGCCGACGUCGGCAAGAGCAAGAGCAAGAGCAAGAAGGCCAAGAAGGCCAAGAAGACCAAGAAGAAGGGAAAGGCCAAGAAGGGCAAGGCCAAGAAGGUCAAGAAGCGGACCAAGAAGUCCAAGAAGACCGCCACUUCCUCGUCCGACAACCCCUCGAACAGCGACGAUGAUUCAGACUCCAACACGGACUCGGAGCCGUCUGGCAAGAAGAAGGUCAAGAAGCGCGUCAAGAAGUCGACCAAGAAGACCAAGAAGGUCAAGGUCAAGAAGGGCAGCAAGAAGAAGUCCAAGAAGUAG